CGCGGGCAGCAGCCAGGGGCCGCCGCCGCCGGGGGCAGCGCUCGGCCGCCGCCGGGCCCAGGGGCAGCAGCGCGGAGCGGCGCGGAGAUGGUGCCGCUGGUGCGGGGCGCCGGGGGCUCCCACCAGUGGCUGGCGGCCGUGCUGCUCGGCCUCUGCUGCCUCCUGCCCCCCGGGCGCAUCGCCGCGCCGGGCGGCGACUUCCCCGGGGCGGCCGCCGACAGCCUGGUGGUGCGGAAGGGGGACACGGCCGUGCUGAGGUGUUACUUGGAAGAUGGAGCUUCAAAAGGUGCCUGGCUGAAUCGGUCAAGUAUUAUUUUUGCUGGAAGUGAUAAGUGGUCAGUAGAUCCUCGAGUGUCAAUCGCCACAGCAAAUAGAAGAGAAUACAGCCUGCAGAUACAGGACGUAGACGUGACAGAUGAUGGUCCCUACACCUGUUCUGUGCAAACUCAGCAUACUCCUAGAACGAUGCAGGUGCACUUAACUGUACAAGUUUCCCCGAAGAUAUUUCGCAUUUCAAGUGACAUCGUUGUGAACGAAGGCAGCAACGUUACCCUCGUGUGUCUGGCCACGGGGAAACCAGAGCCUUCCAUUUCGUGGAGACACAUCUCACCAUCUGCAAAACCGUUUGAGAGCGGACAGUACCUGGACAUCUACGGAAUUACGAGAGACCAGGCUGGGGAAUACGAAUGCAGUGCAGAAAACGACGUCUCAGUCCCGGACGUGAAAAAAGUAAAAGUCACAGUAAACUUUGCCCCCACAAUUCAGGAACUUAAGUCCAGCGGCGUGAUGCUCGGAGGGAACGGACUGAUACGGUGUGAAGGUGCAGGCGUUCCUGCCCCGGUCUUUGAGUGGUACAGAGGAGAGAGGAAACUGAUCAAUGGUCAACAAGGAAUAACUAUUAAAAAUUAUAGUACGAGAUCGCUUCUUACUGUUACCAAUGUGACAGAAGAGCAUUUUGGCAACUAUACCUGUGUUGCUGCCAACAAGCUUGGGACGACAAAUGCCAGCCUGCCUCUCAACCAAAUUAUUGAGCCUACUACCUCUAGUCCUGUCUCAAGCCCAGCUCCCAGUACAGCCCAGUAUGGGAUCACCGGUGAUGCCGAAGUCCUGUUCUCCUGCUGGUACCUUGUGUUGACACUGUCCUCUCUCACCAGCAUAUUCUACCUGAAGAACAUCAUUCUGCACUAAAUGUAAAGAACCCUAAAAGGCUUUUAAGGAUUCUCUGAAAGUGCUGAUGACUGGAUCCAAUCUGGUAGAGUUUGUUAAAAGCAGCGUGGGAUAUAAUCAGCAGUGCUUACGUGGGGAUGAUCGCCUUCUGUAGAAUUGCUCAUUAUGUAAAUACUUUAAUUCUACUCCUUUUUUGAUUAGCUGCAUUACCUUGUGAAGCAGUACACAUUGUCCUUUUUUAAGACGUGAAAGCUCUGAAAUUACUUUUAGAGGAUAUUAAUUGUGAUUUCAUGUUUGUAAUCUACAAGUUUUCAAAAGCAUUCAGUCAUGGUCUGCUGAGUUGCAGACCGUAGUUUACAAAAAAAAAAAAAAAAAGAAAAAAAAGAAAAAGAAUAUUGCAGUAAAAAUGUGCUUCUUUAAGGCUGCAAUACAACAUUCAGUACCCUUCUUAAAAACAUUCUAUCCACAUUUACACAGAAACUUUUUUUUCCUUUUGAUAAAAAAAUCAAUAUUGCCUUCAAAAUAUCUCUUCAAAAUAUUACAUAUAUCUAGAUUUUCUUCCAGCAUGAUAUUCAGGUUUCAAGAAUGAGCCUUGUAUUAUAACUGCAUUGUGCAGUACUGCUUUUUUUCUUCCUUUUUUCCUGCAAAUUCAGCAUGGGUGUGCCUUCAUAAAACACUACUUUCCUCUUCCACUCCAACAAAUUUGGAAUGUGUUUUGGGAAAUGCUAAAGCAUCCUUUUGAGCAUAACAAAUCUCUAACUGAGGAUGAAGGUGCUAUUGGCUAGAAGGAAAACCUCCUCUCCCAUCUCCAGUGGGUAAUGGAACUGCUUCAGACGUAUAUUUUUAGGCAAUCAGUGAAGGAUAGCACCAAUUCCUUUUAUUUUUUUCCCAUCUACUAAGCAGUAGAUGAUCUCUGUAAAAAACUAGUUUUCCCAUUACAAAAGAGAACACAAAUUAUGUUGAGACAUCUUUUGAACGUAGGAAGGUUUCUCUUAGUCAUUCUAAAUCAGAAUUCUUAAAUGGCUGUAAAUGUGAGAAACUGAAUCGUCCCUUUUAUAUUACUGAAAAAAAAAAAAAAAUGUGAAUUGGUAUUUUUCUUGCACUUAAUUUUGUACUGGUUUGGCUAAUUUAGCAAUGAUAAAGGAUGCUUUUAAAUAUUAGAUAUCUGAAAAUACAUAAAGUAUCAAGCAGAAUUUUAUAUAUAUAUAAUAUAUAUAUAAAAUACAUAUAUAUAUUAAAACAAGGUUGCUCUAAUAAUUGUACUGAAUUGCAUGCUGCCGUCAAUGAUGCAUCUUUACAGACAGGACUCCAUUACUGACAUACUAAUACUGUACAAAUAGCUUACCACAGCAGUUUAGUUCUCAUACACGAUUUCCUAGGACUGCAGUCUAUCAAGAUAAGACUCUCAUUAACCUCAAUGAAGGAUCAAGUUUCAAAAUAGCAUAGAACAUUACUAUUUUUUCUUAGCAGCCCCAUACUGCAUCAUUGCAAAAUGUUGCUCACAGUUUACAGCUGAAUUUAAAAAUGCCAUCCAUGUAAAUCGCUGGGACAUGACUGUGGCCAGCAGCCUUUGAAUACAAGAUCUCCUAUUGACAACAAUAAUAAAACCAUUAUCUACGUUAUAAUUUCCCUGUUUUGUAUGUGAACUCUAAUAGGUGACACAAUUAUUAUAAAUAUGACAUCCUUUCUCCUAACAAUAAGGCUUUGUAGCUAGCAAUACCAGAUGAGUACUGUGCAUAUGCAGCAGUUCCAAAUCGAGUUUACAAAUAUCCCAGUUUCUGAAAAGGCAAAUUGUGAGUUUGCUUAGACUCAAUAUGUAUACCGUCCCAUGCUAAAAGGUAGUCCCAAUAUGUGGUGAACCUGUUGUUGUUACUGAUCAGCUCAGAUGCAGGGUAUAAAGUGAAAUAUGCUGACUCCAAAACAUGGCAAUAAAUUGUCCUGGGUCACUCUGCUUUUGUUCAGUGACAGGUUGUACUAUUUCUAUUGUAUCCCUUCCAGCUGUGUGCUGAGCUGUUACUAUUUCAAGAAAUGUGGCAUUUUUUAAAAAACCUUGAAUAACAUGACAAAAUUAAUUCUUUAAGGAAAUUAUAUAAGAGCAAUUCAAAUUAUACCAUUCACAGUCCUGGUAUGCUGAUUUCCCUUGUAUUGCAGCUUUAAAGUGCUAUGUUUUAGAAUCCCUUCAUAUGAAACAGAGGUGCUGCAGAUAUCAUGUCAGUACAGUUUUAUGAAGAAAGAAAAAGGGGUACCAGUAGCCCAACUCGUAUGCCGUGUCUCAUGUAAAACUGAGAGAUGUUUGUAUUCUGGGGCUGGAUCAAUUUAUAUAUUUCAGUUAUAUAUUUCAUUUCAGUGAUCCCUAAUAUCUGAAACCUGACAAUUCCAGCAACAGAAUAGGAUGAGCAGCAGCUUUAUUAAAUGUGAAGGAAAUGAGGAAUGAGGUAUUGCCUGUGAGCAGACACAGAGCCACUGGGUAACAUGGACAAGGCAUUCGGUCCCACCUCUGAAUUUUCACUUAAAUUUGUGGGGACAUGAUUGCUGUCAAGUCCCAAAAGAAAAAUAUAUACAUACAAAUAUUCCUCGGUGCCAAUAGCAUUUAGCAUUUUCUUGGAUGAGAUAGGCUCUUAAACACCAGUCGGAUCUGUGUGUUCAGCAGCGGACACGUGCGCAGCCACCCGCUCAGCGCCGCGUGCCUCGGUGCCCGCGGGGCCGGGCUCUGCAGGCUGCUCGGCAGGAGCCGACCGCAUCCUGCGGCCCCGCACCGGGGCAGAGGCGCUUACCUUUAUGCACCGGUUAAUUCAAAGGGCGGGGUGCAUGAAGAUAAGCAGCCUUGGUGUUUUGCGGGAUCGGAGCUAUAGGCAGUAUUGACUGAAUAAAGAAACUUGGCUCCUCGGGUAACCUGUUCCUUGCGGUAAACCGGUACUUGUGCAGUUUGGGACUUACUGGGACAUUCCUCCAACGCAGCCUGUGCAGACUGCUGCCAAUUGAACUCAACAGCAUUUGACAAAAUCCAUUCACCCUUUAGUUUGUGGGGUGCGUUUGCUUUAGGCGACUGUUUGACGGUAUGUUCGAUGCUUCUUCCAAUGGUUAACCCAUACUGUUCAUAUCUGUUGGUCAAAUAUUAUUAUAUUUAUUCCCACCUUUAAAACGUGAAAAAUAAAUGGCUUAGCUCCAAGCAGUAUAACUGAAUAUUUAUAUUAAGAUCGUUGUCCACAUUGGAAACCCCGAAGUCUGUAACACCGUAAGUUCCUACUCGUGCAAUAACUCAGGUCUGCUAAUUACCAUUGCAUCGGUGACGUACACAGAAGCAGUGAUGCUCUAAUUAUGCCGUUGCUGAUCAAGAUUAUACUAAUACUGAAUUAAAGGAUGUCUCACAACUUCUUGAACAAAUGCAGUUUCUCAAGGGUUUAUAACUUGGCAGGAAAUAUACUCCUCAUAGAUAAACAGCUUUUUUUAAACUUUUCAAUAUAUAUAUUUUUUUUAGAAACUGUGCUGUUUUUAAGAUACAGGAGUGUUAAAAACCAUCACCAGGAAAAGCUGCUUUUUUGCACAUUUUCAGAGUUAGCAUUCUAGACCAACGAUGGUAAAUGUUACGCCUACCAAAAUCUCUGCUUAUUCCAUAUAACUGUGUUAUAAAGAAUGUGUAUACCAAAAUAUGUAUUUACAUGGAUAAACAAUAUGCCUUAAAGACUAGAUAUGCAUUUACUUCUGAGAUUGGAUCAGCUUUGUGCCCAGUCUGGAGGUAAAUAACCCAUACUUCGUAGCCUGCCAUGGGAGGUUCUGUUUCUUUCAAAAAAAAAAAAAAA